AUGGUGUCUGUUGCUUCCUCGUCGGCUCUACGUUCCGUCCAAUGGCGGUUCAAAGGAAGCAACACGCCGUAUUCGCCUCUGUCUCUGCCGCUGCCUGUGUUUUGCGGUGAGAUACGCGCGCAUCUGAAGGCACAGACGGGCCUGGGAGCAACCCCGCAGUUGGACGCCCUCCUUUUCUUUGCGUCUGAUCCAUCGACGCCACUGUCUGACCUCCUACCUCUCCGACGGCCGUGCUCGCUGUUGCUCCAGCGAACGAGCGCAGCGGAGGCGAAGGCUGCACUCGAGGUCGCAGACCGUGUGUUGCAGCAGCAGCAAAAGACAGAACCGGGCCUCGGUGACAUUCCUGCUCAUUCGUCGGCGCCAGGCGAGUCCCGUGGCGAUGCCUCUUCGACGUUGGACUCCGUCUCCAGGCCAGUCGGUCCUGCUCUGUCUAGCGCUAGAGGUUCCGGCGUAGGCGCCGGUCCGAAUGAUGCAGCGUCAUCUAGCAGCUUUGUGUAUGGAGGCCCUCAGGCGUCGGCAGGUCAAGUGCAUUCGUCCUUGUCCUUUCCAGUAGCGUCGUUUGAAGGACCGCAAGACGUGGACAGAGGAAAUAAUGAUGAGGAAGACGAAGCAGCGCUUCUCCAAGCUGUCAUUGAACAGCAUGCAGAGCACCGCGGGCCGCAGACUUCGGGCUCUGCGGGGCCAUGUGGCGCAGCAGGCGGCUUUGGUUCUGCAGAUGGCUCCCGCGGCUUCUCGGGCGGGUUCUACCCCGCGGGCGCGGGCGGCUUCGGGCGAGGACGGGGCUGGGGCUUUGGGGUCGGUCGAGGCCUCCAAGGCCCUCCAAUGGGGACGCACGGGCCUGGACUUACGCCGGCGACUGCCGGCGGCUUAGCCGGAGCGCCAUAUGCGGUCGGACGAGGAGGGGCUGUGGGUCUCGGCAUGUCCAACGUGCCUGGAGGGCCUGGCUAUGUCCCAGUGGGAGAAGAUUACAUUUGCCACAUGUGUGGAGAGAGAGGACAUCACAUCCGGAACUGCAGUCGAUCCAACGACCCGCGUCAUCAAAAGAAAAUCCGACCUGCAACCGGCAUCCCCAGCAGUUUCCUGCGGGAUAUCACCGUUGAUGAGAUCCCCCGCUAUGCAGAGGUCUACAUCAGGAAAGAUGGGUCAUUUGCGGUCAUGAAGAACGCGAAGCAGCUCUCUUCUCUGUCCUAUUUUUCCUCUGAUCUAGACACAAAGAUAGAGCGGCACGUGGGCAGUAGCGACGUUGCGGCGCAUCUGAAGUGUCCCCUCUGCAGCCUGCUCUUCUCUCAGCCGGUGUUGACACCGUGCUGUGGAGAGACAUUUUGUCGAGGGUGUCUUCUGCGAGCCUUGCACGUGGCCCGUGGCGGCGCGGCAGGUGGCGCGUUCGGGGGCAGCUCUGCCGGAUCCAGCCACAAUGGCUUCUCAAAGAAACCCGGGGGAGGCUGUCCGUCCUGCGGCCAGGCUAUUGACCUGCGCGAAGUUUUGUCGAACACAGCACUUCAGAAGAGUAUAGACGCGAUUGUUCGUUCAACGUCCUCUUUCAAGGAACCAGGAGACGACACACAGUCAACUCGUCCCACUCUCACUGCGGCUUUGUCUUCCACGACCAGUGUGUCAGGGUCUGGAGUUCUCACGUCUGCUACUGGAUCUGUUCAGCGAGCCGCGCCAAAUGGCGUGAGUUUGGGUGGUGACAUAGUUAGCAGUGGCAGCAGCCUGUCUGCAGCUUCUGUUGCUCAUUCUGCUUCGAAACGCGCGAUCGCGUCCAGUAGCUGUGGCACUGGAGAUCCCUGCCUCAUCAUGGAGAAAGGGGAAAAGAAGGACCCGUUGAUGGGUGGCGAACUACACACUGAAUGGGGGAAAGGGCUGCGCGCUGCAACCUCUUUCGUUUCCGCGCCGAAAAACCCUAGCUCAGUUAAUGCGGUAAAGAAAGAAGAAGAUAAGGAAAAUAUGUCGAUCGAGGGCGUGAUGCGAGACGGGUCAGCCGGGGCGAUUAGCCCCAUGAGGGAAGCAUACAGCGUACAGUCAGAGCACGUAGAAAGUGAGGCCUCGUGCCCGGACGAGAGUGCUGCUCUGAAGGGCGCUACGGGGAUGCAGCCGUCACGAUCGGAUGACGGCGAUGCAUCUACAUGUCGUGCGUCCGGAAAUGAGUCCGUAGAGGCUGCGUCCACUUCUGCGACACCGGCAAACGGCUUCAACAUGGAUGGCAAGAAUCUACGUGGAGAUCCUCGCAAUGGAACAUACGGCGAAGGCAGUGUGGGCAGUAGUGGGCCGACGAAUGGCGGGCCAGGACCUGAGGAGGCAGAGUCCGGACUCCCACCUGGCGUAGACGUGGAAGAACUUCAAGAGCAGCAGGCGUUCGCAGAUGUGUAUAUUACCCAGUAUCUGCAGCGGAGACGGGAGGAGAAAAAGAAGCGAAGGAUGCGGAAACGUGCUCAUGACGAGUGCAAGGAGGAAAAGAAAGCAAAGCAGCAAGGAUAG